AAGCUAAACCGUAAAUUCCACGCAGUCUGUUGAGCACUCUACUGUGGUAAGUCACCAAAUCCAGUUCUUUUCUGAAUAGUCAUAGUAGGUGUGCUCAAAGACUGACGUGGAGUUUUAUUACAGUAUGCGGAGAGCUGAUGGACCAGUAGUGGAGCUCACUGUACUAAUUUGUGUUGACCAUUUAUUACAGUCCUGUAGGUGGCGGCAAUGGACCUUACAGCUUGCUUACGCAUAAAAUCGAAAAGGAGGAAGAAGGCUCUGGUUUUAGAAGAUGGACAGUAGCAUGCGGUGUCUCCCAGAAAUAAUGCGGCUUAUUUCACUUCAACCUUAAUGGAGUUGCGGCGUUCUUUGAAGACUCAUUUGCCGUUGAAAGAACAUCUGGAACUGUUCUCUAUCAGUAAUUUCCCCUGUACUCAAAGCAACGACCAAAGAUGAAAAAGUUUUCCUUGGAAGAAAAACUCAACUCAGGACGAGUAAAUAACUGGGUGGAUCCAUCCUUCUCUGAUACAUCUGGCAAGAGCGAAGACAAACAAAUUUGGAGCUUUCAAUCUGAAGAGAGGAGAUCUAGAAAAUGGAAAGAAGACCGAAAUGGUUCUCUUUGGAUGACGAAAUCAAAUGAAAGAGGUCCAGAUGAACCAUGGGUUGACAAGUAUUCACCUUGUUCACAGGGUGAACUUGCUGUCCACAAAAAGAAGACUGCGGAAGUUGAGAAAUGGAUGAGAACCCACACAAAAGCAACCAAGGGUGGUAUUUUGAUCCUGACAGGACCUUCGGGCUCUGGAAAAACUGCGACGGUCCAAGUUCUGUCUACAAAGUUAGGUGUCAGAGUUCAGGAAUGGACUAACCCUGCAAGUGCAGAACCAUACUUGAGCAGUUUGUCUGAAUGGAGAUCACAGGGCUUGUCUUGCAGCUCUCAGUUGGCACAAUUUCAGGAGUUUCUUCUGAGAGUUAACAAGUACAAAUGCCUGAAAAUGAAAGGUGAAAGAGGUGCUGCAGAGAAAAAGCUCAUCCUGGUGGAGGAUUUUCCAAACCAGUUCUACAGACAACCUUGCAGCUUUCAUGACACCUUGAGGUUCUUUGUAAAGAAUAGUCAUUGUCCGCUGGUAUUUAUAGUGUCUGGCUCUCGAAGUGGAGAAGGCAGCUUAUGGUCUCUUUUCCCCAAAGAGAUUCAGGAGGAGCUUCACAUGAGCUGCAUCAGUUUUAAUCCUGUUCCUGCAACAACAAUGAUGAAGGUUGUGAAAAACAUUGUAUACAUGGAGGCAGAAAAGCAGAGUCAUAAGAAAUUGUAUGUUCCUGACAAGGCGGAACUGGAAAUGCUUUGUUCAAGAUCUUCAGGAGAUAUACGAAGUGCUAUUAAUAGCCUACAGUUUUGCUGUCUCCUGGAAAAAGGAUUGUGUACAUUGAAGAGACCACCUGCAAUGUCAUUGGAAAGAGCUGCUGCUCUAUCAAAACAGAAGGGGAAACAAGCAAAGUCAGCUAAGGAGCAAGAGGACCAUCAGGCUAUUGGUGGGAAAGAUGUUUCUUUCUUCUUGUUUAGAGCACUGGGAAAGAUUCUACACUGCAAACGUGGAAAUGGUGACUGUCCAAAUGAAACUAAAGGUGCCUCUGGACUGGUUUUGCCAUUUCACCUUUUGCAACAUCAUAGAGAAGUAUUGCUCGUGCAGCCCGAAUUGGUUGUUGAGCGUUCAGAAACUUCUGGAGAGUUUUUCAGCCUAUGCCUCCAUCAGAAUUAUCUGGACUUCUUCUCUGACAUAGAAGAUGUGGACAGAGCUAGCAAGUACCUGUCUGAUGCAGAUCUUCUCACAGGAAAUUGGAUGAUUCGUCACUUAAUAGGGGACUAUGGAUCUUCAGUGGCAACCAGAGGAUUAAUCCACUCAAACUCUUGUCAACUUCCUAUUGGCUUCAAACCGCUGCACAAACCCAGUUGGUGUCUAGUCAACAAAAAGCACCAGGACAACUGUCUGGCUGUUCAAUCUCUGUUCCGGAGCUUCUGUCUUACACCAGUUGGUCUACAGACUCAGUUGUUGCCUUUCCUGGCCAAACUUUGUAACCCUACAAGGAGUCAAGCACAGAUUGCUCUUAUUCAAGAUGUGGGUCAGAUGUCGCUAAGGACUUGUUCUGGCAGAUUAAAACUGGAGAAUCUAAGAGACAAAGAGAUGGGCCAGGAGAUCGAGGAAGAAGAGGAAUUACACUGCCGGGUUGAGAAAGGUCUACAAGUCAGUCAGUCUCAUCUCAUCACAAACCCAGUGGAGGAAGAGGAAGUCAUCAUAGAAGAAUAUGACAGUGAUUGAUUCAAAUGCCACUGGCACUCAUUUGUUGUAUUUUUCUGUAAGAAUAUUUCUUUGUUUCUUUCAUUCCCCUAAAAUAUUUUUAGGUAAAUUAAGUUUUUUUUUUGCAAAAAUGUUUGAGUUUCAGAAAACUACAGAACAGAUGAAACUCAAUCAAUUCUGUGGUUUUAUCAAAAAGGAUGAAAAAAGAAUUCUGUGGCUUUCAUCACAUUCUGAAAUGGUUUCUUAUCUCUAGUGUACAAAAGCACAUAACAGAUUCUACCAUGACAUUAUUAAAUAAAAAUCCAGUUAUUAAAGAAAUGCAGAAGAGGUGUGUGUCUUAAAUUUAGUGUACAAACCAUGAUUACCCAACCACUGAUCUCAGUAAAAUUUUCAAUGUAAAAUUUACUUCUUUUUUUUUUGUGUGAUUUUUUUUUUUUGGAUUUUGUUGCUGUUGCUUAUUGAUUAACAUUUACAGAGAAGUUUCUGUAUUCUCAUAGUUGUAUCACACAUUUCUGUCUGGUUGGGAUCUGAACUUUGAUCCAGUCGUAACAUCAAUUCAUUUUUUCUGUUAUAGACUUACUGAGGCGGUAUUCAAGCUUGAGUAUGUCGAUAGCCAGAGUUGUACAAGUCCAAGUUCUGUGAUUGCAAAGCGAAAUUUAACUACCACUGUGCUGUAAAGUUAGUGAGUUGUUGCUGCACACAUUUUAGACAGAUUUGUCUACUUUUGUCUACAUUUGUCGUCCAUUGUGGAUCUGACGCAGCAUUUUAAAACUGCUCAGCUACAUUUUGUUUGAGCAAAAAACAACCAAAAGGGAUUUUUCCUUAUGCUCUGUUAUGUGAAGGACGAUGAUUAGAAAAGAUUGCAAGUUUUUUUCUGUUGAUGUGAUGAAAAAUUACUUGCAUAUUCAGUCUUCAUAAACUUUUUAUUGUUUUUGUGACAGUAAAAUAUUUUUUUAAAAAUGCAUAGUUUUAUUAAAAACUGUGCAAUUGGUAAAUUGUCAUAAUGGAAACUCUACGAUGAAUUUUGGUGUAGUAAGUGAAUUUUACGUUUCAUGUUUUCACAAGUGGUAUUGACAACCAAAUAGCCUUUCAACUUUAUAGACAUUGUUUUGUAGUUCUGUUGUCAUUUGCAGUACAGUAUCAGGAUGGAAAGUAAUUAUUGGUCAAAUUUUUUGUUCCCACAAUAUCUAAUUCAUAUUCUCGGGUUAAAUGUAUAUUCUGUAUAAAAAGCUAUUGGUAUAUUUAUGUUUUCUGAUUUGAUUUGUAUUCAUCACUGGCACAGGAAUCAGAUCAUUUCAAGCGUUUUGAAAUAAUUUUCCACUGGCAGAAAUGAAGAUGUUUUUUUGAUAGUUUUUAUUUUUCAGCGAUGUGAUUUUAGUAAUUAGUAUACAAAUAAAGUUGAGACCAAAUAUGA